UUAUUCUUUUAUUGGAAACAUUGAUUGUCACAAUUAACAUAACCUAUAAUAAUCGUAUUAUUAUUGUUAUAAACAUAUUUAAUUUUAAUGUCUCAAAAGAUUUAAGGAAAUGAGUUUUUGACGUUGUUUUAAUUAAUUAAAAUGUCUUCUGCGUUGGUUCAAAAGGCUUUGGAAAUUGUAGACCCUGAUUUUAGGAAACAAUCUAAAGAUAAGAAGUGUAAGAAUAAUGCAAAAGAUGUCUUUAGCUUGAUACCUGAGAAACUAAAAAUUACGAAAAACAUUACCAGAAAAGGACGAAAAGAAAAAAUUGGUGCAUUGGCAACUUCAAAGAAACUAACAGUUAUAGAAGCGAAGAAAAAUUUUAAAAGCAAAAAUGAAAUUUUGAAGGAAAAUUUGAAAAAGCUCAAAGAAAUCGAAAAAGCGUGUACUAUCGAACUUGAUAGAGAAACUACACAAAAGAUAAUUCAAAGGGCAGUCACUGGAAGGCCAGUUAAAGAAAAUAAAAAACGCAAGAAGGUCCAAAAAACUGUUUUCACUGAAGAAGACUUUAAGAYAUURGAAGAGGAAUACACAGGAUAAAACAUGGCAGUGUCAAAUAAGGUUUAUAGUAUUACAAUGCUGAGUUUGAGUGUCAUAGGGAUUUUUUAUAUGCUAUUUAUGUUAAUAAUUGUACCAAUUUUACCCCUUAAUGAAGAUAUUUUAAGCUCUUUUUCACAAACACCAAUUUUGUUAGUGAGUGGAGUUUGUGGACUGAUUUUUUGUGGUGGUUUGUCAAUUUUCACUAUUUUUGUGAUGAUGAAAGGAAAAUGGGGACUGGUAUGGUGUAAGCAAAAAAUAAAACAGACGUAAUAAUA